AAUCCAAAAAUAACUGUGGAAUAUAAAAGUAAGCUAUUAAAACAAUUUGUAUUAGUGCACUGUCAGUCAUCACCAUGGCAACCUAUGUCAACAUUUCAGAAACGCUGACAGCUAUGGAGAUGGACAGCGCAAAUAACGCACAAUGUGAGCAUAAAAUCAAAAACAUCGACUGGAUCUCAUGCAAAGACUUCACAAUCGAGAUCGGAGAGCAACAGAUCAGACAUUACAUGGACACUUGGGAGAUAGAGCAGCCUGGCUGGCUCUACAGUCUGAGGUUUCUCCAGGAGACAGAGCUGCAGUUUAAAACGCAGUACCAGUACGAAGCCAAAUGGAGCAUCCCGACCCCAAGCGCCCCGAUCCCGAGAGCCACAGCCAGCGUGUAUUUCACCACAGAAAUCUCCAAAAUCAAACCAAACACUCUCCCUGUGGACGUUCAUUUCCUCGUCGAAACCAACAGGUCCAAACAUAUUCCAGGACAAACGAGGUUCAGGGAGAAGUGGCUGAUGGAUGUCAUUGAGAGCAAGACUUUGCUGAUGGACACCGUUGACUUUUAAUACUUAAAACACGUCAAUUUAACUCGCUGUUUACAAACGAUCACUUUCAAUGGAAAUAAAGUAAAGCGAAUUAACUGGUGAAAUACUGUAGUAUCACUAAAAAGGUUUUUGUCGAUGUAGCUCGAAUUAUCUUAAACGCUAAAUGACUCUUACCAAAAUAAUAAAUUGUUAUCUCUAACGUUAUAUAAAUUGAAUAUGUUAAAAGACACAGUAAUUUGUUGUUCAUAAAUGGAUAUUAUUCUUUUCAAGAGGCUGCUCUUUGGACCACUGGUGUUGUUUUGAUCAGAUAAGACUGCAUAAAAGAAAUAAUUCUGCUCUUUUAAGCCGGAGUUUGAAAUAUUAAGUAUA